UUAUCCGCAACCAACGAGAAUCAGCAUGAGCUAUCAGUUCCAAAACUCAUAAACACAUGAGCUAUCAACAAAUUUUAUAGCUUUUGCUCCGACGAACUGGAACUUUUGCGGUUGAUCGGUGAAGUUCAGAUAAGAUUGCGUUUAGUUCAGCACAGAGCUCUGAAAUGAGCGGACUAGCAGCGUAAAAAUGCGCAGCGGCUGUGCUUGGCUGGCCCUUGGUCUGCUUUUGCACCUGAAUCCUUACCUGGACUUGGGUGAAGCGGCCAGUAUCCUGGGCGUGUUCCCGUACCGCAUUCCCUCCCCCUUUCAGAUGGUGCGACCUUUGAUGAGGGCGCUGGUGGAGCGGGGUCACAAGGUAACGAUGGUCACACCCGCUGGUUAUCCGCCCGAAAUAGACGGAGUACGUCACCUACGAGUGCCCACGCUGAACCAGCUCAUGCAGAAUCUACUGGAUAACGACCAAUUUGUUGACGCAUUGGGUUGCAAGUGGAAGGAGGGCGUUCUCGCCUCAACGAUUUUCUACAACGUUUCCCAUGCCAUUCUGAGCGAUAAUGGUGUUCAGUUGAUGAUGCGCGAUAAAAGUGAGAAGUUCGAUAUGAUCAUGGUGGAAGCUAGCCACCUGGAUGCACUGUACGGACUGGCUGAGUACUACAACGCCACCCUUCUGGGAAUUUCGUGCAUGCACAUGACUUGGCAUAUCGACUACUUGGCGGGAAAUCUGGCUCCAAGUGUAUAUGAACCCGUCUCACCUAUCGGGUUUGCCCUUGAUAGCUCGCUCCUAAGUAGGUGGUUCAACUGGAUUUAUAUCACCGAGGAGCAGCUCCUGGAUCGUCUUGUUUACCGUCCCGCUCAGGUGCGAUUGUUAAAAAAGUUCUUCGGCUAUCCGGCGGAGAAGUUGGAUGAGCUGCGGGCCAAAGUCUCGGUCAUCCUUGUUAAUAGCCACUUCAGCAUGGGCAGGGUGCGAGCCAACGUGCCCAACAUCAUUGAGGUAGCAGGAGUGCAUCUGAGCGAGCCCCCAGCGCCAUGUGGUGCGGAACUGCAGAAAUAUCUGGACGAGGCGGAGCACGGCGCCAUCUACUUCUCGAUGGGCCAGGAUAUCCUGAUGAAAUAUCUGCCGGAGAAUAUGCAGAAACAACUGCUGCAGGCCUUCUUGCAGUUGAAACAGAGGGUGGUUUGGAAGAACGAGCUGUCCGUGCUGCCCAACAAAUCGGAAAACAUAUAUGUGAUGGACAAAGUGCCCCAGCGAAUGGUGCUCGCGCAUCCCAAUCUCCGGCUGUUCAUCUCUCACGGCGGCUUGCAAAGUGUGAUGGAGGCCAUUGACAACGGAGUGCCCAUGCUGGGACUGCCGCUGUUCUUCGACCAGUUCAAUAAUAUGCAUCGAGUGCAGUUGGCCGGAAUGGCUAAGGUGUUGGACCCCAACGACUUGAACGCAGAAACUCUCUUGGACACUAUUAAAUCGCUUCUUGAAAAUACUAGCUAUGCUGAGAGAGCUAAGCAAAUGGCAGCGUCUUUCAGGGAUCGGCCAAUGAGUCCUCUGGACACUGCCAUCUGGUGGACGGAGUAUGCUCUUCGAAAUCGGGAUACUUCUCACAUGCGCCUCAAUGUGGAGGAGAUUCCUAUAAUGCGAUACUACAGCUUCGACAGCUUACUCACCUUUGGAGUUCGCUUGGUCUGCGUCUGUGGAUCGCUGAUCUUUCUGGGCUGGAAAUUGUACCAGAAAAACCGCAGCAUGCACAGAAGACUUCGAGAAAUGGAAACAGUGCUUUCGAAUGAGAGAUGAUGAAGUGGUAUCCUAGAUUGCUUCAACUCCAAUUGUAAAUUGAGGUACACGCUUUCUAGAUCUCG